GAGCUACACAGCGCUUUGCUGGGGCACUGUCGCGACACCAAACCAAAGUUUUACUGUGGCAGUAAAGUAGUUGUCAGAGCAUUAUGGAUACCAGAGCUGUCUGCUUGGUGUUUUGCCUUCUCUUGCUGGCACACUGCACACUCCAGCAGAACCCGUCCAAGAAGAAAAAUAGCAAGAAAGAUGCUGCAAACAAUGCUGCAAUUGAGGAGCUAAAGAAACAGAUUAAUGACAUUGUAGCAGAGCUGAAUUUGCUGAAAGAACAGCAAGCCUUGCAAACAGUUUGCCUGAGAGGCACCAAGAUCCUUGGCAAGUGUUUUCUGGCUGAUCCCGUGAAGAAAACCUACCACACAGCCAAUGAUGAUUGCAUCGCCAAGGGGGGCAGUCUGAGCACCCCUGUGACCGGGGACGAGAAUGACCAGCUCUACGACUAUGUGCGCCAGAGCAUCGGCCCCGAGGAGCACAUCUGGUUGGGGAUCAACGACCUAGUGACCGACGGCCAUUGGGUGGACCAGUCGGGGUCCAGCGUGCGUUUCAAGAACUGGGAGACGGAGAUCACCCUGCAGCCGGAUGGAGGCCGAGGCCAGAACUGUGCCAUCCUCUCCACCACAGCCAAUGGGAAGUGGUUUGAUGAGAACUGCCGUGCUGAGAAGGCCUCUGUCUGCGAGUUCAAUAUUGUCUAGGCGCAGCCACUGCUUUGCUCUCAUUUAACAGUGAAUGCAGCUUGCAGAGAAACUGAAACAUGUAGAGCAUUUGAAAGCUAUAAGGUACAUAACUUGCAAGAUCUUCAGGAAUUAUUGUAUGUGCUGCCCUUUCUUAGCCAUUAGCUCACUGUUAUAUGAUGAUUAUCCAAAACAGAAUGAAUUUACACAGCGAUUUGGUAUGUGCUGUUAGGGAAUGGCCUGUUAAAACUGUAUAAGCUAAAACCAUCAUUGGAUGAUAUAUAAUAUAUACAUUGAUGUAUACUGUGGUUCAGUAGGUUUGUGUCCUCAAACACACUCAAACACUACAUAGCCUUCUGCUCUGUACCAGCCUGUUCAAUG